AAGAGACGUUCGCUUCGAAUUGUUCACGCUGAAAAAUCCAAUCGAACCACAAAUUUUAACAUUCAACAAUUAUUCAACGGUGAAAGAGUCAAAUUUCAAUGCUUGGCAUCCGACACGAAUUCUCAUCCAUGGCUGGUAUUCGGAAGGAUUGCUAACACCACGAUUUGCCGAUGCGUAUCUUGUUAGAGGCAAUCAUAAGGUCAAUUUCAUCGCGGUAAACUGGCAAAAAGGGUCGGACGUUUAUAACUACCUUUAUGCGCGGCGACGUGUCAAAGAGGUGGCCGAACAUGUGGCACGAUUCAUCGAUUUCAUGUACGAAAAGGCGUGGAUGCGAAUUUCAGAUUUAACUCUCGUGGGACACAGCUUAGGCGCCCAUGUAGCUGGCAUCACUGGAAAAAAGAUCACCAAGGGGCAAGUUAGCCGCAUCGUAGGCUUAGAUCCAGCCUCACCUUUCUUUAAUUACAAUGACGUCGAUGGUCGACUCGCCGAAACCGACGCUUCGUAUGUUGAAGUCAUUCACACAUGUGCUGGCACAUUGGGAUAUGCGCAGCCACUUGGCACUGCAAGCUUUUAUCCGAAUGGAGGCCGUGCACAGCCUGGAUGUGGCUGGGACAUGAGUGGUGCAUGUGCUCAUGGCAGAGCAUAUGAAUUCUAUCUCGAGAGUAUUGUCAAACCACAAUUUUAUGCAUUCCAAUGUGAAUCAAUUGAAACAUUGCGAAAAGGCAACUGCUCAGUCAUCAAUCAUGUUGUGCAAAUGGGCGGCGAACCAGGAACAAAAAAAGGUAGAGGAAUUUAUUAUCUCCAAACAAAUAGCGAAUCGAUAUUUUCACGCGGCAAACGCGGACUUCUGCAGGCAGUGUUAUCUUCAAAGAAAAAGACAUCACUUAAAACGAUUAUAGCGAAUUUGUUUAGCAAGAAGCCAGUCAAUGAAACUUCAGAUAUGAACAAAGAAGAGGUGCAAAAGUUAUUGUCGAAAUGGACCCCAAUAGAUUGGUUUAAUGAUGAAAACUCAAGCGAGGUCAAAGUAAAAGAGAAAAAUGAAACUUUGUUAUCGAUCGCCACAGAUUCGUUCAACAAAAUGACAGUCAAUGCGACCUCAGAUGUGGUCAAAGAAGAGGUAAAAAAUGAAACUGUAAAAUCAAUUGAAACCGAUUGGUUUAAUUGGAAACCGACCAAUGUGACGGUAGAAGAAGCAGAGAGAAAUGAAAUUGCGAAAACGAUCGCAAACAUUUCAUUAAACAAACAGCCAUUCAAUGCAGCCUUGGAUGUGGCAAUAGAAGAAGAGAAGGAAUCGUGGAAACAGUUCUUAACAAAUUUAUUCAAGAAAAAGACUGUCGAUUGGGUUUCAAAUAAGAGCAUGGAACCAGCUCAUAUUAGAGUUUGAAUAUUUAGCACGUUUUUUCUGUAAAAUUGUAAUUUAUGACGAAUAAAUAUUUUUCAUGCAGAAAAAA